AUGUACCGUGACGCUGUUUGUUCACCUACUGUAACCAUUGCUUCGGGCGUUAUCAUCGGCACUACCACCAAGCCUGCCAACCAACCCGAUUUACCAGCUUCAGCAAAUGCCUACCUAGGCGUUCCCUUUGCUAAGUCACCCCCACAACGCUUUUCUCCACCAGAAGCAGUACAACCAUGGUCGUCCCCUUUGCAAGCAAAAGCCCUCAAACCGGCGUGUAUACAACAGUUCUCGGGCAAGAACCGAGACAAGACUAUGGAGUUUUUCAACAACCCACUACACCAUCCUCCCGGGGAGAGUGAAGACUGUUUGUAUCUCAAUGUCUACACGCCUGCUGGGGUGAAUGCAACCAGUAAGAAGGCAGUGAUGUUUUGGAUCUUCGGGGGUAAUUUAGCUUUUGGAACUGGAGGACUGAAUUACUACGACGGUACUUCUCUUGCUGUAAACGAGGACGUAGUCGUUGUCACAAUCAACUACCGUACAAACAUCUUUGGUUUCUCAAACUCUCCAGAGAUACCCUUUGGUUCUCAGAACUCUGGAUUCUUGGACCAGAGAUUCGCACUCCAAUGGGUUCAGGACAACAUUGUAAACUUCGGGGGCGAUCCCAAGCGCGUAAUGCUUUUUGGUGAAUCAGCCGGCGGCGAAUCAAUCAAGCAGCUUCUCGCCAACCCCCCAAAUCCCCUUCCCUUCUCAUCCGCAAUCCUCCAAUCACAACAAGCACUUUCCCAGGGAAACGGACUUACCAACUACAAAAAAGUUCUCUCGCAUUUCAGCUGCACAGACAUCACCUGUCUGCGCGCCGUUCCCGCUACAGAAAUAAAAUCCUACAUCGAAUCCGAAUCGCUGAGCUUCGCACCCGUCAAUGGCGAUGGAACAUCCGCCGACGACGUUCGGCCGAGUAUCCGCUCGAAGAAAUGGGCUCGAGUCCCCACAAUGUUUGGUACGAACCUCAACGAAGCCCGCAUCUUCCUCGCUGUAUUAGGCUCAAACGACGCCACAACCGCCUUCAAUAGCAUUGUCGAACAGGUGAACACAUCGUCAAUCGACGCCCCCGAUGCACACACCACUGUAACAGAUGCCUACGCUGAACAAGGCAUCACUGUAUUCGACAAGUUACUAGACCGAGUCCUCACCGACGCAAUCUUUACACGCACCACAUCCCGCUUGUCGACUUUCCUUGACAAAAACUCGUACACUACGUAUCGCUAUCUGUACAGCGGCGUAUUUCCCUCGGUGAGUAUCUUCAAUGAUGCCGGUGCUUAUCACACCAGCGAGAUCCCGCAAGUGUUUGGUACGUGGGAGCGCUCAAACCGGUUUGGAAAUGCGACGGAGCAGCAGAUUAAGCUGAGCAGCUUCAUGCAGAAGACGUGGGCGGAUUUUGCGAAAGAUCCGGAGAAGGGGGUGGGGUGGGCGAAGGUGGGGAGUACGCUGUUGGGUAGGGAAUUGGGGGUGUUGGGCGAAGGGGGUAGCGCGGGUGUGACUGUGAAGAGGAAGGCGAUGGUGGAUUAUGCUUGUGCAUUGUAUGAUACGGUUACGUAUUUUUCAGGUUUGAUGUGGUAG